CUCUCCCAGUGAAGAAGAACAACAACAACAAGGACACUCACUCGCCAGUGCCCGGCGACUGUGAGUGCGCACGCCGUCCGCCCGUCCGUCCAGGAAGAAGAAGAGAUCGGACCAGUCGUCUCUCGCUGCAGGUAGCCACACCCUGUGCGCGCGAUGGCGGCUCUGGUCACGUCCCAGCUCGCCACCUCCGGCACCGUCCUCGGCAUCACCGACAGGUUCCGGCGUGCAGGUUUCCAGGGCGUGAGGCCCCGGAACCCGGCGGAUGCGGCCCUCGUCAUGAGGACUAUCGGAGCGAGCGCCGCCCCGAAGCAAAGCCGGAAAGCGCACCGCGGGAGCCGGCGGUGCCUCUCCAUGGUGGUGCGCGCCACGGGCAGCGGCGGCAUGAACCUCGUGUUCGUCGGCGCCGAGAUGGCGCCCUGGAGCAAGACCGGCGGCCUCGGCGACGUCCUCGGAGGCCUCCCCCCAGCCAUGGCCGCCAACGGUCACCGGGUCAUGGUCAUCUCCCCGCGCUACGACCAGUACAAGGACGCCUGGGACACCAGCGUCGUCUCCGAGAUCAAGGUCGCGGACGAGUACGAGAGGGUGAGGUACUUCCACUGCUACAAGCGCGGGGUGGACCGCGUGUUCGUCGACCACCCGUGCUUCCUGGAGAAGGUCCGGGGCAAGACCAAGGAGAAGAUCUACGGGCCCGACGCCGGCACCGACUACGAGGACAACCAGCUACGCUUCAGCCUGCUCUGCCAGGCAGCGCUGGAAGCACCCAGGAUCCUGGACCUCAACAACAACCCAUACUUUUCUGGACCCUACGGGGAGGACGUGGUGUUCGUGUGCAACGACUGGCACACGGGCCUUCUGGCCUGCUACCUCAAGAGCAACUACCAGUCCAAUGGCAUCUAUAUGACGGCCAAGGUGGCGUUCUGCAUCCACAACAUCUCGUACCAGGGCCGCUUCUCCUUCGACGACUUCGCGCAGCUCAACCUGCCCGACAGGUUCAAGUCGUCCUUCGACUUCAUCGACGGCUACGACAAGCCGGUGGAGGGGCGCAAGAUCAACUGGAUGAAGGCCGGGAUCCUGCAGGCCGACAAGGUGCUGACGGUGAGCCCCUACUACGCUGAGGAGCUCAUCUCCGGCGAAGCCAGGGGCUGCGAGCUCGACAACAUCAUGCGCCUCACGGGCAUCACCGGCAUCGUCAACGGCAUGGACGUCAGCGAGUGGGACCCCACCAAGGACAAGUUCCUCGCCGUCAACUACGACGUCACCACCGCGUUGGAGGGGAAGGCGCUGAACAAGGAGGCGCUGCAGGCCGAGGUGGGGCUGCCGGUGGACCGGAAGGUGCCCCUGGUGGCGUUCAUCGGCAGGCUGGAGGAGCAGAAGGGCCCCGACGUGAUGAUCGCCGCCAUCCCGGAGAUCUUGAAGGAGGAGGACGUCCAGAUCGUUCUCCUGGGCACCGGGAAGAAGAAGUUUGAGCGGCUGCUCAAGAGCGUGGAGGAGAAGUUCCCGAACAAGGUGAGGGCCGUGGUCAGGUUCAACGCGCCGCUGGCUCACCAGAUGAUGGCUGGCGCCGACGUGCUCGCCGUCACCAGCCGUUUCGAGCCCUGUGGCCUCAUCCAGCUCCAGGGGAUGCGCUACGGAACGCCGUGCGCGUGCGCGUCCACCGGCGGGCUCGUCGACACUAUCGUGGAGGGCAAGACCGGGUUCCACAUGGGCCGCCUCAGCGUCGACUGUAAUGUGGUGGAACCGGCCGACGUGAAGAAGGUGGUGACCACCCUGAAGCGCGCCGUCAAGGUCGUCGGCACGCCUGCGUACCAUGGGAUGGUCAAGAACUGCAUGAUACAGGAUCUCUCCUGGAAGGGGCCUGCCAAGAACUGGGAGGACGUGCUUUUGGAACUGGGUGUCGAGGGGAGCGAGCCGGGGGUCAUCGGCGAGGAGAUUGCGCCGCUCGCCAUGGAGAACGUCGCCGCUCCCUGAAGAGAGAAAGAAAAGGAAGUUCGGGUGCAUGGAGCAUCCAUCCAGUCUGCAGGGUUCUAGUAUGGGGAGAUAGCCGCUUGUUGUAGUGAAGAAGGGCCGAUAUAUAUGUAAUAUAUAGACUAAUAAGUAUUUUAACUUUUGUUGUGCCGCUUGCCUCUUUACAAACCAAAAAAAAAAGGUAAGAAGUUAGGGGUUGUGCUUGUGACAAAGUGUGUAUUUCAAUUUGGUGUGGUAUAUUGCAAAUAAGCAAAGGAUUUGUUAUGUAUUUUUGCUAUUGCUUC